UCAAAAUCAACCAGCUGCUGCAGAGGCCGUAUAUAAAAAAAAAGAUAUGUAUUCCAAUUAUAAACUAUUAAAUGUUAAACUACGCAUGCCCAAAGAUCAAGAACUAUUUCCCGAUGUGUCAAGACCAAAAAAUGUCGGUGUAUACAGUGUGUCGCCCGAGGGAGAAUUUGAGAAUUUCAACAAACGUAUGCGAUUCUUUCAACCGUCAGUCACGUGUCCCUUCGCCCUAGGAGCCAACGAGAAUCUACUUCAGGAUGAAGAUGUCGCAAAUCGAAGUUAUUUGGAUACGCUGCUCUUAUUCCUGACAUCCACACAUGAAAGACGUCAAUUGAUUAUGGAAACCGAAUUUGUCUGCAGUCGCGAUGUCUUAGUCCUGCUCUUGUGCACUCCUUUCGAUCGAAAAAAGAAAUGGUCCAUUGCGGUCAGUAAAUAUCGCAAUACCAUCUAUAUGUGUCUGGUACCAGACGAGGACGUCGUCGAACAAUUGGACAAUACACGCUUUCAGAUAUUAUACAAAAACUCUUUGCUGAAAAACUUGAAAGAACACUGUCUGGUAUCAAGAGUUGAAGAUUUGGAUCGAAUUGAAGAUUAUGAACAGAGAACGGAAAAUGGUCAACUCUAUGGUGUAUUUAAGACGACUUUUGAUGGCUCGAUUCUCUUAUUUGAUGCUCCUGUCACCGCCGAGAAAACUAAUAAUUACGCACUUAAUGGAAAAUUUAAGAAUUGUUCUUUAACUAAUACUGGCAGUUUUGGGCAACCCACAACGUUUGUGGAUCUGCGUCUGCGCCAGGAUACAAUGAGUGGUCCUGAAUGGGCAGCACACCAUACAAAUGAGAUGAUUUUGUGGUGGGCGGAAUGCUUCUUGACUGGCAUCGAAACAAUACACGUUGCCCACUAUGAUAAAAAUUUGAUUGUGAAUCGGUUUCAUGACUUGGUGGUGCUUGAUCUUCAUCUGGAGUGCAAGAAACACUGGUCGCCGAGCGCUUGUGCCAAUUUCUUGUCACGUUUCUUGAUGGACAUCAAAAAGCUAAUGUCUCACGUGGACAGCUCUAGUGCCGUUUAUAUGGUGGAAUACGACCCAAAGGGCGAAGGGAUCACCUACACGGUAGAGGCGGAACGUAAUGAGCAUACAUUCAUACCCGAUUGGUAUACAAAAAAGUUCAAUCUGAACGGGAGUAGUAGCAUGCCUUUUGAAUAUUCCGUAUAAAGUUGAACAUUUGUCUCUAUUGAUAAGUGAGGAGAGUUAUGUUUAUUGACAGCAGUAAUUGAAAUUUAUGUAAUCACACUAUUAAAUAAUUUAAUACAAGUUUUGUUUACAUUUUGUUUCAUUUUUUGUUUCUGAGAAUGCAUUCGAUUUUACAAAAAUAUGGAAAUGCUACUUAGUUACAGACUAAAUUUAGACGCAGACACAGCUGUGUGUUGUUGGCUUACAGCUCGGUCUUCUUGGGCUUGGCGCUGCGAUCGAAGCCCUUCAGUUCUGUGGUCGCCUCCUUGGCAAUGUACUUGAUGAAAUCAUCAAGUUCGCGACCGCCAUUGUAGCUAACAGGCUUGUUCUUUGAAUCCUUGGGCAGCCAGAAGAGCGUUGGGAAGCCGCGCACAUUGAACUCUGGUGGCACAUCGUUGGCCGUGGCAUCCAUCUUCACAAUGGCAACAUCUUCGUCCUGCAGCUUCUCGGCCAACUCAUCGUAAAUGGGAGUCAAUUUCUUGCAGUGACCGCACCAUGGGGCAUAGAACUCGACCAGCGUAUCCUUGCCGUUGUUGAUGACAACUUCAUCGAAGUUCUUGGCGACGGCAAUCUUGACAGGUGCAUCAUUGGACUCGGGCACGGGUUCGCUCUUAAUGUAUGGCUCCAAUUCGUUGGCCAGCAGCUUCUCAACGAAAUCGUUCAGAUUGUCGACGGAGAACUCUUCCUUGAGCGCAUACUUGAGAUUCUUGG